GAUAGCGAAGUGCGGUUCCGAGUCCCACGACACCAGCAGGCGACGACGGGACGGGUCUGGACGACGAGGCUCACAUCAGGGGCCAGGGUCACGAACGACAGCAGCCGAGCCAACCCUCGAUACACCGAAACCCACGCAUUGAUUGCAAAUCAGCAAAGUGUGCAAAGUUUUCACUAGCAUGCAUACACAUACAUAUUACAUAGCUACGAACAAUUUGUCCCCGAAGGAUUAAUUAUUUAUAGGGCUGCAAAUUUCGAAGAUUGACCACGUCGCGUGAGAUUGGAAAAUUUUAGAUCGAUGUCGCGAAUUCGAGCGGAAUGAAUGAAGUGGUGACGGAGGAUUUUAUGAUUGACUUGGACGACGAGAAUGGUGGUGAUUUGUGCGACGACCUGUCCCGUACUGUGGCCCGUCGUACGUGCAGAGAACGAGGUUUCUUGUGUGGGUCACCUCGGGCAGAGAUGCGGUUUUCAGCUCACUUGUGAGAGGUAAAAAAUUCCGUGAGAGGUUGUAGAGGAGAUUUUGACGGGAGAUUUUCUUGGCGAGAACGUGGGAUUUGUUUUCAGAGCUGGGACCUCGAGCAAGUGGAGACCCUGGAGUAGAGCCAGGGUCAGCUUACAUAGUCAAUGCAGAGCAGGGUUCCAUGGGCGCAGGAGCUGGUGCUGCAGCCGCCAUAGAAAACGAACCUUCUCCACGACGAGCAGCCAUUGAGAAAGCACAAGCAGAACUCAGACGAGAGGUUGCUGUGCGAGAAGAGCGGCGAAGGGAAUUAGAGUUUCUGGAGAAGGGAGGUGAACUCCUGGAUUUUUUCAGUGCUGCAAAUUUUGCACUCCCACCUUCUUCACCGACCGAUCCACUGGCUGACCAGUUGCUGUCAAGUGAGGGGGAGGGUGGCCAUGCAUCAGUAGCCCUUACCAAUGGCGAUUCUGUGGAAAACAGCGUGGGCACUAGUCUUUGUGUCGGAAGAAGCUCAGAAGGUGGAGGUGAUCUCUGCCCUGGAGAAGAUUUUUUGAGCGCUGUCAUUGAACCACUAACCCCGUGGGAAGGCAAAGGUCGAGCUUCAAGAACAGGAUCCACCUCUUUACGAUCUCAUUCUGAUGUGAACUUGAAACGGGAGAGUGAAGGCUCUGGUGGUGGCCGAGCUGCAGUAAAGGGUCAAGCUUACUCCAGAAGAAAUCGCCCAAGAAGUAACCGCUUCGGUAAUGGACAUACACCCACAAGGGAUGUGGAAAAAGCGGGCGAGGUUGGUGUACUCCCUUCCAUUGAAAUCAAGGGAUCACCUGCACCGCCUGUGAUUUUUGAAGAGGUCACUGAAGAAAAUGAGACCAUGGUGGAUAAAAAAUUGCAGGUGCUACCAGCUCCUACACUGCUCUAUAACUCUCACGCUAGCACUCAGUUAGGGCCGGUAACUACGAAGGUGAUUGAGGAUUUGGAGGCUACCCAUUUACCUACAGGAAAGUCGUUUGAGCAGAAUUCUGUAAAAGCUGUGCAUGCAGCUGAUGACGCUCUUCAAACAGGAAGGGAAUUUCAGAUUCAUGAUCUUGCUGCUAGUAGUUGUGGUUCUCUACAACGGAGCAGCGAUUUAAGGGAAGAUGUUUGUACAGGAAUUGUUGUAAAGGAUGAGCUUGUGGUAGUCGGUGAUUUGAAAAAGGUGGAUCAGACUUCAUUAAGUCCACAUGUGGAGAAAAAUGUAGAUUCGAGGGACGGUGGUGCUGUGUCACAGCCUUCAGAACAGGUACUAGGCAACAACCAAGCGGCUUCAGAUAAGGCCUGUGGUCUCCCGAGUAUGGUAGAGGAUGAGAGUGCCAUCGUUAUGAUCAUGGAUGAGAGCUUGGGUUCUCGAACAUCAAAGAAUGAAUGUAAAGAUAAGUCUACAGUAGUUUCAGAAACUAAGGGUGAUAGGGUCAUAGAUAGAAGUACAAUUAUCACCAAGCACGGUCCUGACUCCAUGUUGACACCUACUAUUGAUGAUAAGACAUCUGUACUACGUGAAGUAUCCUGUACAAUGCAACUUACCCCAAAAAGUUUGGAUACCUCCGAAAACAAGAGCAUUAUUUCCAGGAAGACCACCUCGACAGCGAGCAGUGGUGCCCCAGACCUUAUACAAAACGAUAAAGCAAGGAUAGAUGAUCCGCCUUCUGAUGCACGAGUGGAGGUCAAGGUUGAAGAAGGUCUAUCCGAAGUUGGAACAAGGUUGUCUACUGUGGAUACCCAAGUUGAAAGUGGACAUGAUGUGAAAAGCAUCUGUGUGGUCUCCUUACCACAGGAAGAGAUUAAAUCUGAAAGUCAGUCCACUCCUGUAUCUGCAGGGUCCAAUCGUGCUGGUUUCCGCACUCCAAAUUCCAACACAGCCUCAAUUAACAAAUUUCCUGGUGUUGUGCUUCCCUGGGAGAAGGAAAGGGACCCAAAUGUCAGAGCAGAAGCAGAACGGCAUAAAGCAGAUCUUUCUGCGAAAGCGAGAAAGGCGCAUGAAGACUAUAUCUUAGAGGAGGCAGAAAUUAUCAAGAAAUCUAAGAAAGACACGGCGGAGUGGGCCAAACGGAGCCCUCAUUUAGAACCCGCAAGGCGAAAGUCUCAUUGGGAUUACUUGCUGCAGGAGAUGGCUUGGAUGGCUAACGACUUCAUGCAGGAGCGUUUGUGGAAAUUGGCCUCGGCUACACAAUUCUGUCGAUGGAUUGCGGAACAAAGAGGUCAAUCCUCUGUUUUGCAACUAGCAGGAAUAAAGCAAAGGCAAGAAAGAGUUGCACGAGUUCUUGCUAAUGCGAUUAAUGAAUUCUGGAGAUCAGUCGAGUAUAUUAUACAUAAAGACAAGAGAUUGACUUUAUCAUCCUUGGAAAAUCAAGAGAGUGUGGUUGCUAUGAAGGAGGACAGUGAAGCAGUACCAAUGGAUGUUGACAUCCCUUCUAUACCUGAGGGAUCAACACAGCGAGUGGAGAAACUUCCGUCCAGAAGCAGGAAACCUCUUCCUGUUCAAAAUUACGCAAUCCGUUUUCUUAAGGAAUCGAUGGGGAGUGAUGUUGGAGCACAGGCAGAAGCUCCUUGCACACCUGAGCGAAUCUCAGAAGCUAACAGCGUCUUAGACCCAUUAUGGGAAGAUCAAUUUCCCGAGGAACCGUUGUUUUAUCUGGUUCCAGAUGGUGCUUCGCGAGCAUAUAGAAUACUGAUUGAGACAGAGAGGUCUUCACUUGAGAUCGAGCAUGAGCAGACCCUACACGAUCACGCAGCUGCGAUCGCUGAUGCAGAAGCAGUUGCUGAGGCUGCAGCUAACGCGGACUUCAAUGUGUCGUUAUCUGUGGGGGAAGGUCAACCUCUAUCAGUCUUGUCUUCUCCGAUGAAGGGAUUAAGGGCAGAGGAAGACGAACUUGGAGGGCAGUUUUUGCCCAAUGCUUUAAGUAGUAUAGCGAAGAAAAAACGCAAGAAUAUUCUUAAGUCGAAUGCAUCCAAAGGUGAAGGUAUAUCAUCGUCAGGGCCCACACAUCGUCCUCCAAUAGCACCCGGUCUUGAUAGCACCGCUGUGGUACAAUCUCCUCUUGUUACCGGUAAAAGAUCUCUAUCAGUUGGUCCUGGGAAUAUAGUUGGAAAUGUUGGAAGCAUUCCAACCAAGCGUAUGCGCUCGGUCUCUAGUGCUCGACAGCGUGUUAUGGGAACAGCUAGUCCGAAUUCUUUUCCCAGUCCAGGCGGUCUUUUACAAAGGACAAUAUUUUCGUCCGGAGCGUUGAAUUCUCAUCAAGAUGAAGUACGCAACUUGUGUGAUGACACUGCCACAAGAAUUGAAGCAGAUGCAACUACAGUUAGCGUGAAAAACGGAUUAGGAGCUGGGUGUAACAACUCUUUUGUGAAUUCAAAAUCAAAGAAGAAAAAAAAGACAAAGCAUUUCAGUGGGCAAUUGAGUUCUGUCAAUGCUGUUAAAGGAGAUGGAGCUCCUUCAGUGAAUACAGCUUCCUCUACCAAACAGACGCCUGAAGCAGAACACCGGUCGGUUUUUGAUCAGUUGAAGCGGAAAGGUGAUCAAGUUAAUGCGGCGUCCGUUGAGCUGGAUACUGGAGGAAUUGGAUCUUCAGCAGACACACCUGAAACGCCCAGUUCACAAGGGCAGCAGCCAUCAAAGAAAGCGAAAGUUUCAAAACAAGCUUCUGAUCUCAAUCCUGAAGCCGCUGCAGCUGCCAUCAGUACUGCAGCAACACAGUCAGGAUCGUUGGUCGCUAAUACAUCUUCCACAAGUAAACUUUUACGACAAAAUAGCAACCGAGAUCGCAACAGAAAAACCAAGUCUACCAAGGUUCCCUUAACUCAGCCAGCGGGAAUCGGUAUUCCUUGGUCAACCAUUGAAGAUCAGGCUAUUUUUGCCCUUGUCCAUGAUCUUGGACCGAAUUGGGAACUAGUCAGUGAUGUUCUCAGCUCCAGCUCUCAGUUGAAGGGUAUAUUUCGCAAACCAAAGCAGUGUAAAGAACGAUACAAGUCUCUCUUGGAUCGAAUGUCUGUCGGAGAAGGUGGUGAUAGUCCAGAAGAUCCAAGCACUUCUCAACCUCACCCUUCUACUCUUCCUGGAAUUCCAAAGGGAAGUGCGAGGGUUUUGUUACAGCGUAUACAAGGUCCAAUGGAGGAAGAUACACUCAAAGUGCACCUUGAGCACAUAGUGCGCGUUGUACACAAGUUCCGUGCUCUUAAACCACCGACUGAGGAGCAAAAACUACUUGUCCAACCUCAUGCAUCUCACUUGAAUGCAAUUACUCAGUUUUGCGCGAAUGGUUAUCCGACUCCCUCCGAUCUCUGUGAGAUAACUGCGGCUGCUCCAGAAUUAGGUGGUCCAGCAUAUCAGCUGCCAGGGCAACAUCUUCCAGGUGUUUUGGCAGCAGGUUCUGGAAUACGUCCUGCUACCAAUGGGCUACCAGUCCUUCCUAGCGCAAGUAAUCUCCACAUGGGAGUACCUGCUGUGGCACCCUCAACUACUGCUGCUAGUGCUGCAAGGGAUGCUGCUGUAUACAGGGAUGUACAUCGUUUGGCUGCCAUACGACCUUUUUCUCCUGAAGAUGCGCAACGUGUACGAUAUCAUCGUGCGAUGGCUGCUGCGCGUGGUCUUUCGGUCUCUGGACCAACCGUAACUGCUGGCCUGCCUAUGAUGGGUUUACCGAGUCCCAGUGACUGUCCUGUUCCUUUGUUGGGUUCAGGUAACAACAAUAUCGGAAUGAUGGGUGGAAUUAGUAGAGGUAUGUCCUUGUCUAGACCUGGUCUUCCAGGGAUGGGCUCACCAGGUGUUCCUGGUAUCGGUCCACCUCCUCUUGGCAGCGUGUUAUCAACGGGAGGAGUCGGUAUCGUCAGUGCAGGUCCAACCGUGGGCCCGACAGUUGUUCCUCAGCAAGUCAACCUUAUAAGACGAUCCCGAGAGCAGCAGCUAGUCAGGCCGGGUCGGUCUAAUGAAGAUCAAAGGAGAUUCAUCGAAGAGCUCAAGCAUCAAGCUGCUCAGGGAAAUACUCAAGCUGCAACGGCCUUAAGCAGCCUUGGAAGUGAGGUGACGAGGGAAAUGAUGGCUGUUCAAGCCCAACCGUUUCAACAGCUGCAGCAUCAAAACCAUCAACAGCAGCAGCAGCAGCAGCAGUACUUAGCUGCUCGAAUGGCUAAAGAGCGACAAAUGCAGCAGCAACAAAAACAGAGAUUGCUUCAGCAACAACUUCAGCAACCUCAGCAACCAUCUUCUCUGCAACCACAAUUGCAGACGCAGAUGCAACAACAGCAGAUGCACGGAAUGUCUCAGCAACAUGUUCUUCCCCAACAAUCACACUUGUCCCAACAACAGCACCUGCUAAGUUCACAGCAACACAACCUCCAAAAGCAGCAAUCGCAGCAAGGCCCUCAACAGACUGGUACUCUUUCAUCACCAUCUCUGCAACCUACGACAAUUCCCUCAAUGCAAUCAAAUCAUCAACAACAUCAAACAUUAUUACAGCCUCAACAACAAGCACCACCCUUGGGCCAGGUUCAACAACUUCCUGUACAGUCGAAGUUACAACCACCCAAGCAGGCACAGAAGCAUCCGCAUCUGCAGCAGGCUUCACAAGUGGUGCAGCAGCAGCCACCAAGAGGUUCUAAGGGAGUUGUUCGAGGAAACAUGCUAGUUCAGGCACUACCAGGCUCUGGGCAGUCAAGUAUGCUACCUGGUAAUGUAUCUGCCGGAAGUCAGCCCCAACAAGUGGCAGGGCAGCAAAUAGCCCAUUCAAUGCAAGGGCAGAGGCACUUGAUGCCUUUGGCAAAGCCACUUUCUCAAACGUCGACGCAGGUUAUGACAGGCCAAUCAGCCCAUAUGCAAGCUCAGCAAAAUCAGUCAAUGGCCGGGCCUGUCCCACAAGGAUCUCUCGGUGGGUCGCAGAAGGUUGUGUCUCAGCAGCCAACUCAACUGGGUACUAUGCCAUCCAAGCAGUUGCAACCGUCUCCAUUACCAAGUGCCCUGCCAUCUCAGCAGCAGUCACCUGCACCUCCCCUUCCAACGCAGCAACAACAGACAUCGCCACCAGCAGCACAGCAACCACAAAUUGGUUCCUCGCAGCAGUUGCAGGUUCAACAACGUCGACCGUCCCAACAAGCACAGAUCCAGUCUGCGCAAAGAAGAAUUCAACAACGACAACCAGUUGCAAGUGUUGGUGCACCUAUGAUAGGUGUCCUGGGUAAGAAUGGCUCUUCAACUCAACAAGGUCAGGUUCCUGCACAAAUGUCUUCUCAGCCUGGACAUGUUACUUACACACAAGGAUCAAGCAUGGCUGUGCCUAUGAGCAUGAUGAGUGCAAGUUCUGGUGCUUCGGGAUUAUCCUCAUCUGGUAGCCCAAGUUCCAGUGGGGUGCACUCCACGCCGUGGAAACCUGGACAAGUAGUUUCUCCCAUGUCCUCUGGAUUUUAUAAUCUAAGUAGGAGCGGGAGCCCAGGCGCAGCUCAACUGCCUUCUAUUGUUAGCUCAUCAGGAAUGCACUUGGCUUCUUCUAACGGAAACAGUGGAAUGUCAAUAACUGGUUCUGGUCCCCCCCAUGGAGUCAUUGUUGGUAGUCUUUCACAACCUUUGCAAGUAGGUUCUGGUGGUCAUGGAUUAAAGAUGGGUCUGGUUACUGGAUCCAACCCGAGGGGUGUAUCAACUACAUUGCAAGGUGGGACUCAGCGUUCAAUACAACAUCAUGGGAACUUACCUGCCUCUCCUGCCAUUGGUGCCACGCAACAAGUGAGGUCUCCUGUUCCUGCAUCUUCAGCUGGAAUGAUGCCAGUCUCUGCUUUGGGAACGAACACUGUCGCAGGUGUUUCCUCGUCUGGAUCUAUGGCCUAUCAAGCAAAUUCAAGCUCUCUAUCGGGUCAUUCUACAGCAAUUUCAAACUCCAUGCACAUGUUUUCUGUGCAGCCCCGGCAAUCACAUGCAGGUAGUGCAGCAGCGACUACUCCUGCUGUACCUAUGAAAUCUCCUCCGACUAGUGGUACCUCGCAAACAAGUGCCGUUUCUCCCAGCAGCCCAGCCCCGGUAAUACCUGCCAGUAACACUAUCAGUUCUUCAGUUGCGGAACCUAGUCCUCCGUAAUCAUUUAUCUGUCCAUUGUAAUUCACCCACCCCUGUAUUCUUGGGCUAACCUACCAUAAAGGUUGUACACAUCCUUGAGCCUUCUUUCGGAGAGGAGCUCGACUAGAAAAUUUCAUUUAGAAAGCAGUUUUGGUAGGUAAUUCUCGGCUCAAAUUUGUUUCUUGGAACGGUUUGGCACUCACGAGCCCGGAAGAUGCGUUUGUAAAUUCUCCUGCACAGAAUUUGCUUCAUGUACUCGUCACUUGAAGUUUGAAAGCUCGUUGGGCAUUGGCAAUGUAACAAAAUGAUAACGUUUCAUUACAUCUCGAAUAACACACUUUACGUGUGUGUGAAAGGUACAUAUCAUCUGAAUGUGGCCAUCCUUCAUGUAUGAUUUGAAGUCAUUGAAUGGUUGGUGAAUGCCCUAGCCGCCGUUCUUCACGGUAUUUACGAUUGUGCAUAUGCAAGGUCCCAGGGAGGAAUCCAGGACUUCAAGCGGGAAGGGGCAGCAGGUAACCAUCAAGACCAGUCCUUGGAAGCCGUUGAUAAAUUAUUACGAAAAAUUGGAGACGUGGAAUACUAUAAGACUUUAGCCUAGUUGGAGACAAAGUUUCUUGGCAUUCUGCCAAAUCAUGAUGAUGUCUUCGUUCUGAACUGGAUUUGCAAAGUUUUCCUCAACGAAGGAUGGUAGUGGGGGCGACUACCCUCUCUUGCCCCACCUUGGAACGGGUUAACUUCAUCAGUCGUGUGCGCAGGCUACCCUCCCUGGGUCGAACUGUAAUUUUUCACUAACUGAAUGAUCAACACUUUGUCCAGUGAUGUACAUAAUUAAAAUUCAGUUACUCGAAUUUUUUUGAUAAUUUUCCAAGAUGCCUG